CUCUGAACCCACACUAAGUCAAAUGUAUAUAUAGGCACUGUGAAACGAAAUCAUCCUACUUGAUUAUGGUGAAGGCGUGGAGAUUCCAUUCUCUGUGAAUUGUGUUGUUUUCCCCCACCACUCUCGCAUGCAUCUAUUUGGCUAACCGCUCGCUACUGGCAGAAGCCAUUGCAGAGCCUCCCUCGCUUCACUGAUGGGAAUGUCAGUGCCGUGUUUGGCUGACGCCAUUUUCAUUCUCUGCUGCUGCGUAUCUCAUGUCACAUCUGAUGAAUCGGAUCAUCGUUACAAAGCGGGUGAUUACGUUCCCUUUUACGCCAACAAGGUGGGACCCUUCCACAAUCCCAGCGAAACAUACCGAUAUUUUGACCUUCCCUUCUGCUUACCAGCUCAUGUUGAAGAAAAGAAAGAAGCUCUUGGAGAAGUUCUGAAUGGGGAUCGAUUAGUUGUUGCUCCUUAUACCCUGCCCUUCCUAGUUGAUAAAGAACCCGAAAGUAUUUGCAGAAAGACGCUGACAAAGAAAGAAGUUGCUAGAUUCCGAGCUGCUGUCUUGAAGGAUUACUUUUUCCAAAUGUACUAUGAUGACUUGCCCAUCUGGGGCUUCCUAGGAAAAUUUGACACUGAAGAAGGCAAAGAUGAUGACCCCAAAGAGUCCAAAGUUUAUCUUUUUAAGCAUCUCCAUUUUGAAAUCCUUUACAAUAAGGAUCGCAUCAUUGACGUUAUAGUUCGUAGUGACCAAAAUGCCCUAGUGGACCUGACAGAGGACAGAGAGCUCGAUGUGGACUUCACAUACUCUGUCAAAUGGAUUCAAACAGAUAUUCCAUUCGAGAAGAGAAUGGAGAAAUACUCGCAGGCUUCUACAUUGCCACAUCACUUGGAAAUUCAUUGGUUUUCAAUCAUCAAUUCCUGCGUGACAGUUCUCCUCUUGACCGGAUUCCUAGCCACGAUUCUCAUGCGUAUACUAAAAAAUGACUUUAUUAAGUUUACACAUGAUGAGGAGGAGGCUGAUGACCAAGACGAGGGAGGAUGGAAAUACAUUCAUGGUGACGUAUUCAGGUACCCAAGAUACAAGUCUUUGUUUGCAGCAGCCAUUGGAUCUGGCACCCAGCUAUUUUCACUCACAAUCUUCAUCUUUAUGCUGGCUCUGGUUGGUGUUUUCUAUCCAUACAACAGAGGAGCUCUGUUUACCGCACUGGUUAUUAUAUAUGCUUUAACCUCUGGGAUUGCGGGCUACGCUGCAGCGUCCUUCUAUUGCAUGAUCGAAGGGAAAAACUGGGUGAGGAAUUUGGUGUUGACUGGAAGCCUGUUCACUGGACCUUUGUUUUUGACAUUCUGUUUUCUUAAUACUGUUGCUCUGGCCUAUAACUCCACUGCAGCACUCCCAUUUGGAACGAUUGUUGUUAUUUUUCUCAUAUGGACUCUUGUAACUUCACCAUUACUAGUACUGGGGGGAAUUGCGGGUAAGAACAGCAGACCAGAGUUUCAAGCUCCUUGUCGCACCACAAAGUAUCCCAGAGAGAUCCCCUGUCUACCAUGGUACCGGAGGACUCUUCCUCAGAUGGCUAUGGCAGGGUUUUUGCCUUUCAGUGCCAUUUACAUUGAACUCUACUACAUAUUUGCAAGUGUUUGGGGCCACAGGAUUUACACCAUAUACAGCAUUCUGUUCAUUGUAUUCAUCAUUCUCUUUGUUGUCACUGCUUUCAUCACUGUGGCAUUGGCAUACUUUCAGCUUGCUGCUGAGGACCACGAAUGGUGGUGGAGGUCCUUCCUUUGCGGUGGAUCAACAGGCUUGUUCAUAUAUGGCUACUGCUUGUACUACUACCAUGCGAGGUCAGAUAUGUAUGGUUUCAUGCAAACCUCAUUCUUCUUCGGAUACAUGGCCUGCGUUUGCUAUGGUUUCUUUCUCAUGCUCGGAACCACCGGAUUUCGUGCUUCUUUAAUCUUUGUCCGUCACAUUUAUCGCUCUAUCAAGUGUGAGUAGCAAGAGAUUCACUGGCUCCCACCACACAAGUUCUCUUUUCACUAUUGUGAAGCUUAAAUGUAGAAAUUUCUCUUACAUCUUAUUGUUGCUAGAGAUUAACUAAAGAAAAUCAGGAAUAGAUUUACAAGGUCUCCAUUGCUCAAAGUCUUUCUUCUUGUUUUUUUUUCCCUACAUUAUUUAAUCAAUACUUCUAUCCAUACUUUCAAAGUUGAUAUUAGAAACUAGAUUAUUGAUCAAUAUAGUUGUAUUAGUCAAAAGAAUUGUUGGCAACACAAAAAAUAUGAUUACUUCUCA